UUCUUGCAUUUCCCUAGGAGCAAAAACAUUUUUGCAAAAUUAUUAAAUACAAGCAACAUUUUUUUUUUCCGUGUAAGGAAAUCUUCCGACCGACCGACCGUUUUUCCGUCACGAGGCAGAGGGCUCGCCCCAUUUUUCACUCCAAAUCUUUGAAUUCCCGUCAACUGUCAGAACCAUUUUUUUUUUUUCCCGCGAGAAUGGUUCUGUUUCUUUGCAACUCUGCCCACGGACCCGUACUUUCCUUUCUGUCCCUUUUCCUUGUUCUUGCAACCUUGGAAGCCAAGCCGACCAUUCCUUCUUCAAGUCAGAGCCCGACGCACACGAAAUUUCUUCCUCCAAAUCCUCAGGGGAAGGUCUCUGUAUAAAUUUGGGCCCCAUUCAGGAGGAUGCACAGAAGCCAUUGUCUGUUUUGAUGCCGAUGCAGAGGCUUAGAAGUUUCAAGAUUUUAUGCCCUUUUCCCCUUCCCUGGAGAAGCCCGGUCCUGUCUUCUCGUGGUGGCUCUUCGGUUCCCUUUGUGGGCAUUCCUCAAUCUUCCAGCAGGAUCCGUUCUUUGAAUGGUUCUGUUCCAGAUGUUCCAUUCAUGGCCCGGGAAUUCUACACGAGCUCAGCAUCAGUUGCGAAGCAAGAGGAGACUGGACCUGUCGUUGAGCAGAUUCAAAUGCUCAAGGCAGUUGAGGAUGUGCAUGGAGGAGUCAUCGUGGAAAUGGAGGAAUCUAUGGACUCUGACUCCUUCGUGCCCUUGCUUCGUGAUUCCUUGUCCAAAUGGAGGUUGAUGGGGAAGAGAGGUGUCUGGAUCAAACUGUCCAUUGAAAAUGCACAUCUCGUCGCAUCUGCUGUGGAGGAAGGCUUCAGGUACCACCAUGCCGAACCUGACUACUUAAUGCUCGUCCAUUGGCUCCCAAGAACCACUGAUACUCUUCCAGCUAACGCUUCUCAUCGUGUGGGCAUAGGAGCUUUCGUCAUGAAUGAUAAGAAAGAGGUACUUGUAGUACAGGAGAAGUAUGGCAAAUUUAAAGAUAUAGGCCUGUGGAAGCUCCCCACGGGAGUGGUUAACGAGGGUGAGGACAUUCACUUAGCAGCAAUAAGAGAAGUCAAGGAAGAGACAGGAGUAGAGACCGAGUUUGUAGAAAUUUUAGCCUUCAGGCAGACCCACAAUGCGUUCUUUACAAAGUCGGACCUGUUCUUUGUUUGCAUGCUCAAACCCCGCUCAUCCUACAUCCAGAAGCAAAAUCUGGAGAUUGACGCUGCCCAGUGGAUGCCGAUUGAGGAAUACUCAGCUCAACCAUUCAUGCUUAAAAACGAGCACUUCAAGUUCGUGGCAAGCAUAUGUCAGGCAAGAACAGACACGGCCAAGGAAUACAGAGGUUUCGCUGCCAUUCCCACCACUACCGGCUCUGGCAGACUCACUCACCUGUACUGCAACACUGACAAGCUCAAACUUACGCUUUAGAGAAAUUAAACUACAAACAAAAGCUGUGAUUAUGGUCUGAAAAUAUACUAAAUUCUUUCUUUCUUUGUUAUUUAUUUGUCACUGUGAAAAGGUUUAGCGUUUCAAGGAAAGGUCUGAUUUCCGUUAAUAAUAAUGGUGCAAUAGUCAAUCAUGUACAAAUAAUUAUCUUCUGUCAUCAACCAGAUGUAUGAGAUGAUUCUCCUGAAACAAACUGAUUGUCUCAUCUUUGCCGACA